GAAGAAGAAGAAGAUGAGCGGGCUGAGAGAUGAAGCUCACGCUGAACGCCCCUCGGGAGGUGUGAUGAGGAGCGAGUGAUGAGCUGCGGUGAGGAAUGUCCGUCUGUCUGCUGCUGGUCCUCUUCACACUGACCUCAGACACUCAGGUGUCUUCUGGGAAGUCUCUGAAGCUGCUGCAGGAACAAUGGAGGACGUACACAAAUGAGUGCAUCCAGAGCUUCAUCAGCACUGCGCCAGCCGCAGGGCCGGUGUGUAACAGGACGUUUGAUCAGUACGUGUGUUGGCCCGAUGGAUCGCCGGGCACCAUGGUUAAUGUGUCCUGCCCCUGGUACCUGCCCUGGUACCGGAAAGUUCAUCAGGGGCUGGUUUACCGCGUGUGCGGCGCUGACGGCAGAUGGGCUCAUGGGAAGAACACCAGCGAGUGUGAGCAGGACGACCCAGGACAGAAGCAGUACGGUCAGAUCCUCAGGAAGUUCAGGGUCAUGUACACGGUGGGAUACUCUCUGUCUCUGGCAGCACUGACUCUGGCGCUGGCCAUCCUCCUCACCUUCAGGAAGCUGCACUGCAUGAGGAACAACAUCCACAUGAAUCUGUUCGGCUCCUUCAUCCUGCGUGCCGUCUCCAUCCUCGUCAAAGACGCGCUGCUGGAUCAGAUGAGCAGCGGUCACCUCCAGGGGCCGCGCUGGGCCGGCGCUCAGAAGGUGAGUGGCUGCCGUGUUGCCAUGGUGAUGAUGCAGUACAGCGUCAUGGCUAACAACUGCUGGCUGCUGGUGGAGGGUCUGUAUCUGCACAGUCUGCUGGUCACCACCGUCUUCUCCGAGAGGAACUACUUCUACAUUUACCUCUGCAUCGGCUGGGGUGCGCCGCUGAUAUUUGUGCUGCCCUGGAUGACAGUCAAGUACCUGUAUGAAAAUGAAGAAUGCUGGGAAAGGAAUAUCAACAUGGGCUACUGGUGGAUCAUCCGUUGUCCCAUCCUGUUUGCGUAUCUGAUUAAUUUCAUCAUAUUCAUUCGUAUAAUAAAGAUUCUGACGUCCAAGCUGAAGGCGCAUCAGAUGAGAUACACAGACUACAAGUUCAGGCUGGCCAAGUCUACGCUCACGCUGAUUCCUCUGCUGGGAAUUCACGCCAUCCUCUUCACCUUCGUCAUCGAUGAGUCCGUUCCGAAGGAGUCUCUUCUGAGGCUGAUCCGCCUCUUCUACGACCUCCUGUUCAGCUCCUUCCAGGGUCUGCUCGUGGCAAUCCUGUACUGCUUCAUCAACAAAGAGGUCCAGAGCGAGAUGCUGAAGAAGUGGAAAAGGUGGAAACUAGGCAAAGACAUUGAGGAAGAGUACCGUCACACCCACAGCCAGACGCCCCACGCCAAAUGUUGCAGCAUGGUCCCAGCUCUGACCCAGGAAUGCCCUGAAACCCCAGAACCCCAGAACUCUGCCACAGCCUUGGGAGAGUCCCAGCGUCUAGUGAAGAGUCUUCAGAACGGAGUGAGCCAGAACAGGGGUCGUGUGAUGCUGCAGUUGACCUCCGAGGCACAGGAGGGCGCCAGCAACUGCAGCUCUCUGACUGAAGACAUUUGUCUGGAAGAGCGUCCCCUCAACAGUGAGUGCUCAGCGGUGGUGACAGAAACCAACGUUUAACACUAAUGAAUCAAUGGAGAUGAUGUUAUAUUCCAGAUAUGAUCGUCAUGUAAGCAAACAGGCUUCUAUCACGAGAAAGCAUGAAUAUGUGGAUCUAGUGACCUUUAAAAACAAAUCACAAUUAUCUCCUGAGUUGGUAAAAAUCUAACAGUAUUAAUUAUUGGUGCCUUCUGAAGGUGCAGUCACAUUUACUACUGCUCAGCAAAAUUUUUCAGAUAAAAUCAGCAGGGCUGGUGAAGGUUACUUUUUAAAGCAUCACAGUAUUUUAUUGCUCCCUAAAACAGUAACUAAUGGUG